UCAUCAAAAGAAAAAUUAUCAUUUGCAUUUAAUAUGGAUCAAUCAUUCAAUAAUAAUAAUCAUGAUGAUAAUACUGAUGAUUCAAUAGAUAUUAAUGAUCAACAACAACAACAACAUACGAAUGAUUUAUUAGCACGUCAAAAACGAUUUCGAAUAACUGAAAAACAGCUAACAUAUCUUACGCAUAAAAUUGAAAAACUUUUAGUAAAAUUAGAAUCUGAAUAUGAAACAGAAUUGGCAACAACACCGGAUGAAGAGUGUGUCAUCUGUAUAAGUGCAAAAGCAACAAUGCAAACAUUUCCAUGUGGUCAUCGUGUUGUUUGUCGAAAAUGUUUUGUCAAAACAAUACAGAUGGUUGUAUCACAACGUAUAUUGCCAUUAAGAUGUGUUAUUUGUCGUGCAAAAGUAUUACGAUUAAAACAAACAACAACCGGUGGUUUUUGUUGCGGUUCAUUUGGAUUCAAUCGAUCAAAUUUAUCGAAUCUAUCCUCAACAUCAUCAUCCAACAAUGGUAAUAACAACAAUAGUAAGAUUGAUUUAAAUUUAAUACAUUGGAUUACUGGUGGUGGACAAUCAGAACAACAUUCACAAAUACCAAUACCAACAACAACAAAAUUGACAACUAUAAAACAGCCCAUAAAUAUUAUUGAUAAACAUGAAUUAAGACAACAACCAAUCAAAAUACACAAAAGACCUAAUAGUUUAUCAUUACAGACACCCCAAACAUCUACUUCAUCAUCAUCAUCAUCAUCAUUAUUACGUUUACAGCAAACAAAAUCAUCACCAACAACACCUACAAGUUGUUUGACUGAAAUAUUUAAUGUACAAAAAGCAUUAUAUGAUGAUUGGGAAAAUGAUAAUAAUAAUAAUAAUCAGGAGGCUAUAAUAGCAUUGCCGCCAAUAGGUUCCACCUCUAGUGAUAGAAUACAAAUUGAUGAUGAUGAUAAUGAUGACGAUAGGCAAACAUUUACACAAAAAAUACCUUAUAAUAAUGAUACAAAUAAUUUAGUUAUUAAUACCAAAAAUCAUCAGUCAGACAUAGUGUUGACUACCACAGACACUAAAAAUCAUCAUCAUUCAAUCAAUCAAAGGCCACAGGUUCUGGAUUUAGAAUCUGGUAUUGAAUGGCAUGAACGACGCCUACAACGUCUAUUACUACGGCAACAACAACAGCAACAAAAACAGCAAUCUUCUCCAAAUUAUCAUUAUGAACAAAACUCAUAUCGAUGGAAAAAACAAUCAUUACCAAUAUCGGCCAGUUUUCCAUUUUCAACAAUAUCAGCAAUCGAUUCAAUGUGCGGAUCAUCAAAUCGAUUAUCGAAAACAAAUCAAAAACAAUCCAAAAUUGAAGCCAAUUUCAUCGGACAACGUAAAUUACAAUAUCAACAACGUUCGAAAUCAACAUUAGAACGACCAUCUGCUAAAUCGUCAUUGUUAUCAUCAUCAUCACCAUUGCUAUCCUCCCAACAACCAUCAUCAUCAACAACAACAACAUCGAUAUUACAUUAA